AUGAAACAAGAAUCAAACGAUUUUGUUUUAUUUGAGCAAGACAAUCUUUUUUCUAAAGCAUUUUCAAAAUUAAAUAAAGUUCGUCGUGAUGGAAUAUUUUGCGAUGUUACUUUAAAUGUUCACGGAAAAUGUUUAAAAGCUCACAAAAUAGUUUUGAUAGCUACCAUUCCUUUUUUUCAAGCAAUGUUUACUUCAGGAAUGAUGGAAACAACGUCACGUGAAAUAUUUAUUAUUGGUGUAGAAUUUGAGGCUUUAGAAGCAUUAGUUAAUUUUUCUUAUAGUGGUAAAGUUUUAAUUGAUAAUAAUUCCGUACAAUCUUUGAUGGCUGGAGCAUCAUUUUUACAAUUAGAAGAAGUAGAAAAUGCUUGUGCACAUUUCUUAAAAGAAAGGUUUCAAGCAGGCAAUGUAUUAGGUAUCAGAGGUUUUGCAGAUACAUUAUGCUGUUCAUCUUUAGGUGAAGCUUGUGAAAAAUUUAUUCAACAGUAUUUUUAUGAAGUUUCUUUAUCAGAAGAAUUCUAUAAUUUAUCAGCGAAAGAAUUAUUAGAUAUUAUCAGAAGGGAUGAACUUUGUGUCGAUUCUGAAGAACAAGUUUUUGAGGCUGUGAUGAGAUGGGUUAAAAAAGAUGUCGAAUUAAGGAAAGAACAUUUACCACAAAUUUUAUCUAAAAUAAGAAUGCCAUUGCUUAAUCCUUACUACCUGACUGAUAAAGUUGCCAAAGAAGAUCUCAUCAGAUCAUCACAUGAAUGCAGAGAUUUACUUGAUGAAGCUAGAGAUUAUCAUUUGAUACCUGAAAGAAGAAAUUUACUUCAGAGUUUUAAAAUCAAACCUAGAUGUGGUAAUUUUGUAGUCGGUAUAAUAUUCGCCAUUGGUGGUUUAGCAAAAUUUGGAAAUGCUCUUAGCACUGUUGAAUCAUACAAUCCUGUUGUCGCUCAUUGGUCUGUCUCCGAAGCGAUGAGUAUGCUUCGAUCAAGAGUAGGAGUAGCAGUAAUGAGAAACCUUUUAUAUGCUGUGGGAGGGUACAAUGGUUGUGAAAGGUUAGCAACAGUUGAAGUGUUUGAUCCAUUUAAAAAAAUAUGGUCUCAAGUUUCUUCGAUGCAUUUUAGAAGAAGUGCUGUCGGUGCAGCUCCAUUAAAUGAUAAAUUAUACGUUUGUGGUGGAUUUGAUGGUAUUCGUUCCCUAAACACCGUCGAAUGUUACGACCCUGACAAAGACUGUUGGACAUCUGUAACUUCAAUGGAUAAACAUCGAAGCGCCGGAGGAGUUUUAGCAUUUAAUGGUUAUUUAUAUGCCAUAGGGGGUCACGAUGGACUUACCAUUUUCGAUUUGGUGGAACGUUAUGAUCCGGUAACCGAUAAAUGGACGGAAGUUACUCCUAUGCUUACGAAAAGGUGCAGACUGGGAGUAGCUACUCUUAACGGUAAAUUAUAUGCUUGCGGAGGAUACGACGGUUAUACUUUUCUACAAUCAGCCGAAGUUUACGAUCCUAACGACAAAAGCUGGAAACCCAUAGCUCCGAUGAAUACAAAAAGAUCUAGAGUUGCACUUAUAGCUAAUAUGGGAAAACUUUGGGCAAUCGGAGGAUACGAUGGAGUUUCAAAUUUGUCAACGGUUGAAAUAUACGAUCCGAAAACCGAUACCUGGUCUUUUGGAUCCCCAAUGUGUGCUCACGAAGGUGGAGUGGGAGUCGGAGUUGUUCCUUUCUGGUAG